CAGCUCCGGGGCGGGUCCUGGGCUUGUCAGCCCAGCGAGGAGGAGGAAGGAGCCGGCUGCGUGCGGUGUGAGGGGCGGGACCGGGCGGGUUGCGGAGGGUAGGCACGCGGAGGCCGGGCCAUGCGUGCGGGCCGGUGUGCCGCGGUGCUGCUGCUGCUGCUGCUGAGCGGCCCCGGGCGGGCGAUCGGCUCCGAGGACAUCGUGGUAGGCUGCGGGGGUUUCGUGAAGUCGGACGUGGAGAUCAACUACUCGCUCAUCGAGAUAAAGUUGUACACCAAGCAUGGGACUUUGAAAUACCAGACGGACUGUGCUCCUAACAACGGCUACUUUAUGAUCCCCUUGUACGAUAAGGGGGAUUUCAUCCUGAAGAUUGAACCUCCCCUGGGCUGGAGUUUUGAGCCAACCAACGUGGAGCUGCAUGUGGACGGCGUGAGCGACGUCUGCACCAGGGGCGGGGACAUCAACUUCGUGUUCACUGGCUUCUCUGUGAAUGGAAAGGUCCUCAGCAAAGGGCAGCCCCUGGGCCCCGCAGGAGUCCAGGUAUCCCUGAGAAGCACUGGCGCUGACUCGAAGAUCCAGUCCACAGUCACACAACCUGGUGGAAAGUUUGCAUUUUUCAAAGUUCUUCCUGGAGAUUAUGAAAUCCUUGCAACGCACCCGACCUGGGCGCUGAAGGAGGCAAGUACCACGGUGCGUGUGACAAACUCCAAUGCUAACGCGGCUGGUCCCCUCAUAGUGGCUGGCUAUAAUGUGUCCGGCUCUGUCCGCAGUGACGGGGAGCCCAUGAAAGGGGUGAAGUUUCUUCUCUUUUCUUCUUUAGUGAACAAAGAGGAUGUCCUGGGCUGCAAUGUGUCCCCGGUGUCUGGGUUCCAGCCCCCAGAUGAGAGCCUGGUUUAUCUGUGCUAUGCAGUCUCCAAAGAAGAUGGCUCUUUUUCUUUCUAUUCCUUGCCGAGUGGGGGCUACACUGUGGUGCCGUUCUACAGAGGGGAGAGGAUCACCUUCGAUGUGGCGCCUUCCAGGCUUGACUUCACCGUGGAGCACGACAGCCUGAGAAUCGAGCCCGUGUUCCACGUCAUGGGCUUCUCUGUCACUGGGAGAGUCUUGAAUGGACCUGAUGGAGAAGGUGUCCCGGAGGCUGUGGUCACACUGAACAAUCAGAUUAAAGUCAGAACGAAAGCCGAUGGCUCUUUUCGCCUGGAGAACAUAACGACAGGGACAUACACCAUCCAUGCCCAGAAGGAGCACCUCUACUUUGACAUGGUUACCAUCAAAAUUGCACCCAACACCCCACAGCUGGCUGACCUCAUCGCUACAGGGUUCAGCAUCUGUGGUCAGAUAUCCAUCAUCCGCUCCCCCGACACCAUCAAGCAGAUGAAUAAAUACAAGGUGGUCCUGUCCUCUCAAGACAAGGACAAGGCUUUGGUCACUGUGGAGACGGAUGCUCAUGGAUCAUUUUGCUUUAAAGCAAAACCAGGGAUCUACAAAGUCCAGGUGGUGGUGCCCGAGGCUGAGACCAGAGCCGGGCUGAUGCUGAAGCCACAGACGUUCCCCAUCACUGUGACCAACAAGCCCGUGAUGGAUGUGGCCUUCGUGCAGUUUUUGGCGUCUGUUUCCGGAAAAGUCUCCUGUCUGGACACCUGCGGUGACCUGUUGGUGACCCUGCAGUCCCUGAGCCGCCAGGGCGAGAAGCGCAGCCUCCAGCUCUCUGGCAAGGUCAACUCCAUGACUUUCACCUUUGACAAAGUUCUACCUGGGAAAUACAAAAUAAGCAUCAUGCACGAGGACUGGUGCUGGAGGAACAAGAGCCUGGAAGUGGAAGUGCUGGAGGAUGACGUGUCUGCCGUGGAGUUCAGGCAAACCGGCUACAUGCUGCGCUGUGCACUGUCACACGCCAUCACUCUGGAGUUUCAUCAGGAUGGAAAUGGCCCUGAAAACGUGGGGAUUUACAAUCUCUCCAGGGGAGUCAACCGCUUCUGCCUGUCCAAGCCCGGCGUGUACAAAGUUACUCCUCGCUCCUGCCACCGGUUUGAGCAAGCCUUUUACACCUAUGACACGUCUUCACCCAGUAUCCUGACGCUGACAGCCAUUCGUCACCAUGUUCUCGGAACUAUCAUCACUGACAAAAUGAUGGAUGUCACAGUGACUAUCAAGUCUUCCAUCGACAGUGAGCCAGCCUUGGUCUUGGGACCUCUGAAGUCUGCACAGGAGCUGCGGAGGGAACAGCAGCUGGCAGAGAUCGAGACCCGCAGGCAGGAGAGGGAGAAGAAUGGCAAAGAAGAGGGAGAAGAAGGCAGGGCCCGACCUCCUGGGCAAGAGAUGGUGGACGAGUUACAGGGCCCCUUCUCCUACGACUUCUCCUACUGGGCCCGGUGUGGAGAGAAAAUCACUGUUACACCCUCGUCCAAAGAGCUCCUCUUUUACCCCCCAUCCAUGGAAGCCACUGUCAGUGGAGAAAGCUGCCCAGGGAAGUUGAUUGAGAUCCAUGGGAAGGCGGGCUUGUUCCUGGAAGGUCAGAUCCACCCGGAGCUGGAGGGAGUGGAGAUUGUCAUCAGCGAGAAGGGAGCAAGUUCACCCUUGAUCACUGUCUUCACUGAUGACAAAGGUGCCUACAGUGUCGGCCCCCUACACAGUGACCUGGAGUACACUGUGACCUCGCAGAAGGAAGGCUUUGUGCUGACUGCCGUGGAAGGAACUGUGGGAGACUUCAAGGCUUAUGCCUUGGCCGGUGUGAGCUUCGAGAUUAAAGCUGAAGAUGACCAGCCACUCCCUGGUGUCCUCUUAUCCCUCAGUGGCGGUGUGUUUCGGUCCAACCUCCUGACUCAAGACAACGGCAUUCUGACAUUCUCAAACCUGAGUCCUGGUCAGUACUACUUUAAACCUAUGAUGAAGGAGUUCCGCUUUGAGCCAUCCUCACAGAUGAUAGAAGUGCAGGAGGGGCAGAACCUGAGGAUCACCAUCACUGGCUUCCGAACUGCCUACAGCUGCUACGGCACAGUGUCCUCUUUAAACGGAGAGCCAGAGCAGGGCGUUGCAGUGGAAGCUGUGGGGCAGAAGGAUUGUAGCAUCUAUGGAGAAGACACCGUGACAGACGAGGAGGGGAAGUUCCGGUUACGUGGACUGCUGCCAGGGUGCAUGUACCACGUGCAGCUGAAGGCAGAAGGCAAUGACCACAUCGAGCGGGCGCUGCCCCACCAUCGGGUGAUUGAGGUUGGGAACAAUGACGUGGAUGACGUAAACAUCAUAGUUUUCCGGCAGAUCAACCAGUUUGACCUGAGUGGAAAUGUAAUCACUUCCUCCGAGUAUCUGUCUACUUUGUGGGUGAAGCUGUACAAGAGCGAGAGUCUCGACAACCCCAUCCAGACAGUGUCUCUGGGUCAGUCGCUCUUCUUCCAUUUCCCACCGCUGCUCCGAGAUGGUGAGAACUACGUGGUGCUUCUGGACUCCACGCUCCCCAGGUCUCAGUACGACUACGUCCUGCCGCAAGUGUCUUUCGCUGCAGUGGGCUACCACAAACACAUCACUCUGGUGUUCAGUCCCACGUGGUCGAUGAGUGAGAACUUACAAGGAGUCACGGCUAUCCCAUUGCAGAGGAAGCUACCUGAGCAAGACAUCGCGCAAGGGUCCUAUAUUGCCCUGCCUCUGACGCUGCUGCUCCUGUUGGCAGGCUACAACCAUGACAAGCUCAUCCCUUUGCUGCUGCAACUGACGAGUCGUCUUCAGGGAGUCAGAGCCCUUGGCCAGGCGGCCUCUGACAGCAGUGGCCCAGAAGACAUGAAGAGACAAACCAAGAAACAGAAGACCAGGCGCACGUGAGGAGGAAGGAGGCCCCGUCUCCUGUGGAUGACACAGCCAGGGCUGCCACCUGCCUGGAGACAAAGGCACAUGUUUACCCACUUCAGGCGGGCCCUGUGCCCUGUGACCCCUGUGUUGGUAUCCUGCCUGUCUGUCCUCUCCUGGUAGCCCUGUGGUGCAAUGCGACGAAUGGACCCUCCUGUCACCCUGCUGAACACAAUUUAUUUUCUGAGUUGAAGAUAAUUUAUUAUUAUUAUUUUUGUCAGAGAAGUAUUUAAGCCAAGCUGGUGGUGUGAGAACAUAAUUCUAAUCUUCCACAUUCGUUUGCAAGAAGAGCCCAGUAAGCAUGGCGUUUGUCUGCCGUGCCCUCUGGACUUUCCCCAAACUACCCCCUGCACUCGAGGCCCAUGCCGGAAGCUGCAGCAACAUCUGUCCAUACCAAAAGGAUCUGCCAAGAGCUGGAUGAAUAAAGUCAGCCACUCAUUUGUGGUGUUGUUUCUCUCAGA